UGCAGGGGAGUGAAACGAAAGGGGAAGGGACAGGGGAAGGGAGCGAAGAGAGAGGAAAGAAGGGCGGAGGACACCGAUACCGACGGCGGAGAAGAGGAGGAGAGAUGGAAGGAAAAGGGAAGAGAGAGAGAGAGAGAGAGAGCGCAUUCUAAAUAAACACACAGAUCACAUAUGAGAAAAGAGAGAGGGAGCACAAAACGAAUUGAGGCUAACGAACAAUCCAACUCCGACCGGCAACUGAGUGGCACUCGGUUUCUCUGCAAUUGGUUAAACAAGUCGUCUAAGGUUUGUAUGUGUUCACGGCAGCGCAGCACUAAGUUUGGAAAUGAAGACAAGCUUGCUGUAAUAAUCCCCUGCAAGUUGUCAAAAUUCAUUCUAACCAAUCAAUAGAUGGACCAGGAGUGCUCCAAAUGGACGUGCAACACGUGUGGGAAUGUUGGAAUGGCUGAUGGAUCGGAUGGCUACUAUUACUGCUUUAGGUGCGGGUCUCAGGCUGAUGAUGUCAUUGAUACGGGUGUUGCCGAUGAGGAUUUCAUUGAAAAGGGUUCCCAGGGUGGUGCCCUUUACUUGGCCAGCCAUACACGCCAUGCUCGCCAACCUGUUACCCCAUCCCAACCAAUCUCACAAUUCGACUCCCAAUCCCAGCAGUUUUGGUCUCAUUUGACCCAAGUACGCAGAGAUCAUGAUGAUAAUCAGGAUGGAAUGGGAGAUGAUGCUGGUUUGGAUGGCGUGGGGCCCACAGGCACAAGUGAUUUUGGGGCGUACUCUAUGGAUGGAUAUAGUUGUGAAGAUUAUUACAAGGAGGUUAGGAACAGGUAUGUGAUGGGGUUGCAGAUGAUGAUACAGGCUCAAUGUGAGGCUCUAGUUGAGAAGUUUAAUGUGAAACCUUUGAUUUGUGGGAUAGUUGGACCUAUUUGGUUGAGGUUUGUGGCUAGCACUAGAGUUUUUGAUGAUAAUUGGGCUGAUGAGGCUAUUCAUCAGUCUGAGAUUCAAAAAUCAGGAGAAGCUGUUGAUUUUAAGCAACCUGCUUCUUACAAGGCGGAACCUCACAACAGACAUGGUCAGAGAGCAGUAUUUAUAUGGUUUAAGGACUUAAGAAGAAGGAUUCCACUAUCUUGUUCUUUAGCUGUUUCUUUUCUAGGAUGUCAUGUUGCAAGGGAAGCAGUUUUACCAACAGACAUCAUUAAGUGGUCAGUUGAAGGGGAGCUUACCUAUUUUGAUGCUUUUGUUGAAAUUGAAAAACGCAUUGGACGAUCUCUGCCUCCAUUUCCUUUAAGUCUUAGGAGUAUGUUUAGGCCUAAGCAUGCUGUUCCUGCUCAAAAGUUGGAAUCACUGGCAGCUAAAAUUGCUCAGUGCAUAGGCUUGAAUUUACCACCAGUGAAUUUCUAUGCAAUUGCUUCCAGAUAUCUAAAGGAGUUAUCUCUUCCAGUGGAGAAGAUUCUACCGCCUGCAUGCCGCAUGCAUGAGUGGGCGUUGCCUCCAGAAUUAAGGUUGUCAACUAAUAAUAGUGGACUUCCUACUCGUGUCUAUGUGAUGUCAAUACUGGUAGUAGCAAUACGGAUUCUAUAUAACAUAAAUGGAUUUGGGGUGUGGGAAAAGAGUUUGUCUUGUUAUAAUCCCCCUAGUAAAUCUAAUGAAGCUGAGAGUAAGGACCCCAAAAGUAGUCCUAAAGUGAGGGACUAUGCGGAGGAUUGUUCUGGUUCUCCUUAUGUGAAUGACAUUGGUACUAGUUCCACUAGAAACUCAUUACAUGAUCAUGAAUCCAAGUUUGAUGCUGUGGAGCUUUUGUGCAACCUUGAAGCAAGAUACAAUGAGAUUAAUUAUGCAGACGGUGAUGUUAAAUUGACAGAUCUUUCUAAAAGCAUGCCAACGUAUCUACAAUUCUGUCAGGACGUGGUCUUUGCUGGAUCAGAGCUGCCUCUGGACUUUUAUCACGAGGAGAAAGGUUUAAUUGACAAGUUUUGGGAUUUUUAUCAGAAAGAAAAGGGUUCUGAGCCAGCAGAAGACAUGGGAGAGCGUUAUAGGAUUUCCGACGACAUUGUCUGCAAAGUGGACAGAAGGAUCAGAGAUAGCGAAUGUCAUAGUAGUCCCUCCAAAGACGGAAGGACUUCCCUUGAUGAUUUAUCCUCGCAGAAACGCAUGGAGGAUUUUGAGCAUUCUUCCCUGACUUCAGAGGAACAUGAAAGUUCAGAAACCAGCAACAAAGUUCCGGCAGAGAACUCCAAACAUAGAGCAAUAAGACUGAUGAAGAAAAACAUGGAGGAGAACAGGUUCCUUUAUAUCCCACCAAGGGUCAAGCUGAAGAGACUCAGUUACCUUCACUACGCAAGGAAGAAGGAUGAAGGUGCCAUGAUUUACGUUGCUCAUGCCGAUUAUUACAUCUUACUUCGUUCUUGUGCCAGGGUCGCCGAGGUUGACAUGCGGAUCAUGCAUGUCGGAGUACUGAGCAUGGAGAGGAGAUUAGCUUGGUUGGAAAACAGAACUGAUCACUGCGUGCAUUUGACUCCUCCUAGUUCUACAUGUAAAUUUUGUACUGAUGAGACAGAGCAAGCAGCGGAUGAUCCUACAAUUGGACUUUCAAAUCUGAAUUUAUAAGUUUUCUCCAAUUCCCAUCU